CUUAGCAACAUGUCCUUUGAACUGGCUGGCGCCGUUGCGACGGAGGCCACCUUGGCGCCGACGCUGCGCAGGUGGCAGUCACCGAAUGCUGCGGCCACCACGGUACCUGCGCCACCGCGCGACGCGUGUCGCGCGUGGCGCCGAAGUGAGACUGGCAAGGUGAGCUUGUCAGCUGUGGCCGGCCUCCUUGUGGUGCCGGCGCUUAGAUGGAGGCCCACGAGACGAAGGCCGCGGACGGUCCGCGCGCGCUUGCCGCGCGUCGCGUGUCGGGCUGCGACGGAGGUCCAAGGUGACUUCGUGUCCUGUUGCUCCAUGGCGCCCAGCUGGGAAGAAGCCGUCGAAGAGGUUGCGCAAGAAGUGGGACCUGGCUUUGAAGCCGCCCUGGUCUUUUUCAGCGAGCUUUAUGUGGACCAAGCACAGGGCAUCGCGCCCAUGAUGGAGAAGCUGCGGGAGAGGUUAGACGUUGAACACCUGGUGGGAGGCGCUGCUGGCGGCUCCAUCGGUCAGACCGUAGGGAAGAUGGCCACAGACUAUGGAGCGGGGGAACGCGUGCCUAUUGAGGUGGAGCGCGGCUUCGUCCUCUCCGUGGCGGCCAUCCGCAGCGCGGGCGCAGUUCCUUUCUUCCUGUCGGGGGAAGCCCAGGGCGACUUGGAACUCAUCAACCGCAUGGCAGCGGGGGGCCAAGUGCGAUCCAUGCUGCUACUGGCGGACCCCUUUGGUCCGGUGGAAAAGAUCAUGGCCAGCUUGGAUGAGAGCUUCCCCAAGGUAUCAAAAGCCGGAGGCAUCACAGCAGCCUUGCGUGUGGGAAGUGGCGGGCAGACCGGCUUCAUGGCUUCCAUGUCCAUUUGCUCCAGAGGCAACGACCAAGCUCGUUUGCUGAGUCAGGGCAUUUGCGGGCUCAUGAUGACCGAGAUGGAUGUUCACACGGUGGUUUGCCAAGGCUGCUUGGGCGUUGGACCUGCUGUCCGAGUCACAGGCGUCUCCGGGCCAGUGGUCACUGGCAUUGGCGGCAGGCCUUCCAAAGAAGCUCUGGGCCUGAUUUAUGGCGCUGUCAACGAGGAACUUCGCGCCAAGAUGCAAACGAGUUUGUUGAUUGGCCUCGGAGGGGAAGGCAUGAACGAGAACCAGAUCGAUGACGGAGAUUGGUUGAUCCGAGGUAUUCUGGAGGUGACACCCAAUGGCGGCUUCGUGCUGGGUGCCGGCAUCAGCGAGGGGCAGGCCUUGCGAUUUCAUGUCCGAGACAAGGACUCCGCAGAAAGUGACUUGAACCUCAUGCUGAAUCGAUACAGGUUGGAGCGAAGCUUCAGUGGGGGCAAUGAACCCAUCGGCUCUUUGCUGUUCACCUGCAAUGGACGUGGAGAGGGCCUCUAUGGUCGCCGCCACGUGGACGCGCGUGCCUUGCAGAACGCCUUGGGCGAGCAGCUGGGAACGCGCGUCACGGGCUUCUUCUGCAACGGCGAGAUGGGCGCUCCUGGGCUCACGAAGCCCAGUGAGACCCUGGAGGACCGAGAGCAGGUCCGCCCCAUGUCGCUCCAUGGCUUCACCGCGGUCUUUGCGAUUCUGGUGCCUGCGAGCAAGGAAGCCUAGGCCAUUCGCUUUCGUGCAAAGUAGCUGCUGAUGCGGCUCUAUGAGAGAAA